CGUGGUCCAGUCGAUGAGCCCAGUCCGCGCACCUCGCACCCAAUUCCUCGGGCCCCAAAUCCUGGUCGCGCGAGAGAUUGAUAUUGGCCACGGGCGUGUCGCGAUUGAAGCUGUUACGGUAGAUAGCAUUCGGUAGAGAGAAAGAGAGCGAUAACAGUGCGCUGUUCCGAAGCAUAAUUUGCAGUUGGAGCGGUGGUCAUGGAGGUGGUGGCCAAUCCCGCGAAGCUUCGAGCAUGGCUGUCUUGUGGGGUCGCUGCCGUUGCGGAGUCCAAGCAGUUGGGUCGCUCCUCAACGACGAGAGUGGCGUCGAGGAGAUUGCUGCCGGUGAGUUCCUUGAUCUCGAAGCCGCUGCGGGAGCAAUGGGCAGGCUCUUGGGAGACAGAGAGAGGAGGGAAGAGCAGGAGGCCACUGGCCGUGGCUGUAGCAGUCGCGGAGGGUGUCGUGGAGGAGGAGGAGAAGAUGAGGGAGAAAGAGGAGGUGAAGAAGCUUUUGCGGCCUACCCCGGCUGAGGGUGCCAGGACCGUCAUGGAGACUUGUAAAGAAGGGACGUUGUCAACGCUGUCCGAGGAUGGAUGGCCUUUGGGAACGGAAGUGAGGUUUGCCGUGGACACAGAUGGAAACCCCGUUCUGCGCUUGCAACCUGGCGCGACGCAUACCAAGCACAUCUUGAAGGAUAGCCGGUGCAGUUUGCAUGUGCAGUUGGAACAACCAGGCCGUCGAAAGCCCCAGUGUACAUUGCAAGGUUUCAUUCGCAAGAUUGAAGACAUUAAGCUGAAAGAGAGGCUUGAAAUUGCUUGGGAGAGACGGUUUGCCUCAGAACAACAUACCGCGGGUGACGACUUAUAUGUUAUGAAUGUUGAGCAAGUACUACAAUCUCCGGACAUGGGUGAGGAGGAGAUUUGGGUUUCCGGACCAGAUUACUGGGCUGCUGCAGCUGAUCCAUUGAGGGAGGUUGCUAAGCGCAUUGUGGAAGACAUGAAUAGGAAUCAUUGGGAAGACAUUCGUCGAUUUUGCAACGUAUACGCAAAGCUAGAUGCCGAGCUUGAGGAGGCAAGCAUGACAUGGGUGGACAGGCUUGGAUUCGAUUUACGGGUACUCACUAAAUCACCGCAGAACAUUCUAGAAAUCCGGAUUCCAUUUACACGUGAGGUUACUGAUGAGAGAGAUGCAAGAUCAUCUCUUACAAUUAUGGCCCAAAUAGCUUGGGAGCAGGAACGAAGUGUCACUCCCUCUGAAGUUGUAUUAGCCACUGUUGAGUUAUAGUUUUGUUUCUCCUCCCUCGGAAAUUUUGUCCUGAAAGUAUGCUUUAGUUAGAGAUUUGAAACUGUUCUUGCGAUUUCUAUCGACCGUCUCCUAAGAUUAAGAACCUUCAUUAUCCAAUAUGAAAGACUUGGCAAACGUAUGCCAUGUAGUACUGUCAAUCAACAGAGUGUUGAUUUCAUUCCCCGAGCAAUUUCUCACUAUGCAACUAUGAAAUGAAACGAAGUCAUUGAGUAUCUGGUUCAUUCAUAUCUCGGAAGAUGCGAAGGACGACGCUGGCCGGCUUCAAGUCAUUAUCUUGGCAGAUAGUGAAAGCGAAAAUUAUUGACAUCCCAGUCGGCUCAAGGCAAGUGAUGGUUAGCAUAUUGGCUUGUCUUUUGUUACCUUAAUGACUUGAUGUGGACUUAAACGCGUAUACAUCGGGCAGGCAAACCAAGGAAGGCCGCUGAUGGGAUUCGCUACAAACCGUGCCUCAUUCAAGUGCCUGUGAUGGAGGCUCUAGAAUGGAAUUGUUUCUUAACUGAGAACGCUGGACACUUCACUGGGAUCUCUGGAACCGUUGCUCUCUAGAUUCAUUUUAGAAUGCAGAGAGCAAUGAUUCAAGGAUGUUCUGAUCUUGCAUUAUGGUUUCUCCUUCGAUACUUUCUGAAAUACAACCCAUUACCUUCCAA